UCACACCAAAUAUCAUUAUGAUCAUUAGUACGUGAUUUCCUGUACUUGUGAAUGGAGGGGGUUACAGUCUGUCAGCAGCUUUAAGAGAAUGUAGCUCCUGUUAACAUUUCCAUCUGUUUAAUGUGAUGCAACAAGGGCUGGCGGAACCUCCCACUCGCUUGUCCCUCCACAUUUUCUCUCUUUCCCUCCCUUUCAUUAUCACUGCAGGCCCAGGGCUCUUGGACUUCUCAGUGUCUGACUUUUAGAGAAAACAGAGUCAUUCACGUGUGUCAUAUAGACAGAGCCAUACUUGCAGACUUGCACCCGAAACCUCUUGAAUGAUAAGGAAUAAAUCAGCACCUUAAUGUUGGACCUUAUCCAUCUAGUGCAAGAAAAAGCACACUGGAUACAGUCUAGGUACACUAGCUAAGGAGUUGGGAUGUCCUCCCUAUCAAAUUGACACUGCAGACAGUAUUAAAAAACUUUUAUUUCCGGCUCAAACGGACAUGAGAUCAAAAAGAAGACUUUCAGGACCUAACGUGGUGCACUGAAAAGAUGAUUUAACCAAGAAUGUGUUUUUCUCAGUUUUAUGUUGGUAAUCCUGCAUUUUGUCCUGCUGAUUUCAUGUGGAAAAUUUUCCAUUUGUCUGGACCACAACCCUUUUUUAGGACCUGUCUGCCCUGGUCGCUCGUUGGAUCUGACUCAGUUAAAAGAGCAAACUUUCUCACAGGGAAUUGUUCAGACAGGACGGCUUUCAUUUUGGUUUAUUUUUGAAUUGGAAGACUAUUUUUGACUUUGGCCGCAGGUCACAGUGUACUACUCUAAUAACAACAUGGGGAUCGUAUUUUGGAUGUUUUCUCUUCUGGCUCUUCCAGUACUUUGGUCUGCCAAGAUCCUGACUGUCUGUCUAAUUGGAGGUAGCCACUACUUGCUAUUAGAUGAAAUUUCUCAUAACUUACACCAGCAUGGCCACGAGGUCCGCAUGCUCUUGCAACUGGGCAACCCUGUUAUUACAGGUUUCUCCUAUGAAGGUCGUGCAGACAGUUACCAGACAAGCACCUGGUCCUUAGGAGAGAAAUAUAUUAAAGAAUACAAUGGCUGGUUCCUGGAGCAACAAACACAGUUUUUACUGGGAAGGGAUAACUUUGAUAACUUUUUAAACUUCAUGGGGCACUUGUCCUAUCAGUGUGACAAGUUGUUAGGGGACAAAGAGAUCAUAAAUUUCCUCCAGAGGCAACGCUUCGACAUCACCAUCCUUGACGCUUUUAACCCUUGUUCCUUCAUCCUGGCACACAGACUUGGUGUCCACUAUAUAGCUUUCUAUCCUGGCACUCUGAACGGUCCUCUGUCCAUCGCUCUCCCCAGCCCAGUCUCCUACAUCCCAGUCUUCAGCUCCCAGCUGUCCGACCAGAUGAGCCUCUGGGGUCGUGCAAAGAACCUGUUUUAUUCUUUCCUGGUUCCUGUAGGCCAGGAACUUGUAUGGUCGACAUUUAGGGAAAUAGCUGAUCGCCACCUUGAGUCACCCCCUGGUGGUCUGGAGGAGUUACACCAAGGAGCUGAACUCUGGGUCUUCAACACUGACUUUUCACUGGAGUUCCCCCAGCCUCUUAUGCCCUACACUGUGCUGGUAGGAGGUCUACUGAAUAAACCUGCAAAGCCUCCGGAACAGGAUCUUGAGUUGUGGAUCUCCAGUUUUGGAGAGGCAGGUUUCAUUGUCGUGACUCUGGGAUCAAUGGUCUCUUCAGUCUCUGUGGACCCUCUGCUCGUGGAGCUGGUGGCCGGCUUCUCCAUGAUCCCUCAGGGGGUGCUCUGGAGGUAUGACCCCAAGCGAUGGCCAUCUCACCUGGACAGACCUCCCAAUCUCAGGCUGGUGGACUGGCUGCCUCUUAAUGACCUGCUGGGCCACAAGAAAGCAUGUCUGUUUAUCACCCAUGGUGGACAAAACAGCCUGCUCCAGGCAGUGUACCAUGCUGUUCCUGUGCUGGGAAUUCCUCUGUUUGGAGACCAGUUCGAUAAUGUGGUAAGGGCUGAAACAAAGGGACUUGGCCUCACCAUCAACCCAACACACAUCACUAGGAAACUGCUCAGCUCUGCUAUUCAAACACUCAUACAGGACAUCAGGUUCAAGUCCUCAGCUUUGUCCCUUAGCAGGAUCCACAGAUCCCAUCCUGUCCCUCCAGCCCUUCGACUCAUCCAGUGGGUGGAGCACAUCCUGCACAGUGGGGGUGGUGCUCAUUUAAGGCCGACUUCGCUUACGCAACCAUGGUACCAGAGAUACUUGUUGGACCUGGUGUUUCUUCUCUCCCUUGGGCUUCUCGGACCUGCAGUUCUCUGCUGGACUUUCUGUAGGAACAAGAAUAGCAGGGAUAAACGCAAAAAAACCCAAUAGCACCAGCAAGCGUCAGAUUUAUACCUCAUUUAUGUGUCACUUGUUUAUCUUGGACUUACUGUAUGUUGUACCAUACUGUAUAGAACUUUUGGAGAACUUUUUAAAAAAUGAAUCCUUGCUACCUUAAAGUA